CCUCCUCCGCCCUGACGUCACGGUGACGCGUGGCUUCCUGUCCUCGCCGGCUGUUCUGCCUCUCCCUCCCUCCCUCCUGGCUCCCUUCGGGGGGGAAGUUCGCCUCACGUCCUCGUCGUCGUCGUCUCUGGCGCGUGCCCCCCCCCCCUCCCGCCAAUCUCAUCCUCCCUUCCGCUUGGUAGUCGCUCUUGCCGCCGCCGCGCGCCGCCGCCGCCGCAUCCGGGUCCUGGCGCCGCUCGCUGUCACUAUGGUCAUGGCGGAGGGGACGGCUGUGCUGAGGCGGAACAGGCCGGGCACCAAGGCCCAGGAUUUUUAUAAUUGGCCUGAUGAAUCAUUUGAAGAAAUGGACAGUACAUUGGCAGUUCAACAGUAUAUCCAACAAAACAUAAGAGCAGACUGCUCAAACAUUGACAAGAUUCUUGAACCUCCAGAAGGACAGGAUGAAGGUGUUUGGAAAUAUGAACACUUAAGGCAGUUCUGUCUUGAGCUUAAUGGACUGGCAGUUAAACUUCAGACUGAAUGUCAUCCAGACACAUGCACACAAAUGACAGCAACAGAACAGUGGAUUUUUCUUUGUGCAGCCCAUAAAACUCCCAAAGAAUGUCCUGCCAUUGACUACACUAGACACACAUUGGAUGGAGCUGCAUGUCUUCUGAAUAGCAAUAAAUAUUUUCCAAGCAGAGUUAGCAUAAAGGAAUCGUCUGUAGCCAAACUAGGAUCGGUCUGUCGUAGGAUUUAUAGAAUAUUUUCACAUGCGUAUUUUCAUCACCGUCAAAUAUUUGAUGAAUAUGAAAAUGAAACCUUUUUGUGUCAUCGAUUUACCAAGUUUGUGAUGAAAUACAACUUAAUGUCCAAGGAUAACCUGAUCGUACCGAUUUUAGAAGAGGAGGUACAGAAUUCAGUUUCUGGGGAGAGUGAGGCAUGAUGAGUACCGUGGACUGAAACGAACACAUAAUUAACAUUAUGUACUGUAUAUACCAUUUUAGAAACUUCAAUCAUGUAUCUUUAGAGCUUUGUUUAGAAUACUUUUUGUAUGCUGUGUGCGUUGCCUCUUAAUAUGGGAUAUGGUUUAAGUUAUUCAUGAGCUGUAUAUUCUUCAAUGUGGCACUCAUGGUUUUUAAAUACAAUUAGAAUUAUCUGUUUAUACUGCCUGUUAAUAAAAGAAUUUACAGUUCUGUAAAAUUGCUGCUAAACAAUCAUUGGAUCACAAUCUUCAAACUUUGUCCAGUUUAAACCUAAAGCUUCUUGUACUAAUGAAGUUGGAACUUUAUGUUUAUAAACUUGCAAAUCCAUUUAAUUCUAGCUUUUGUUAUAUUUUGUAGAAAGCCCCAUUAUUUGAGUCUCCAGGUUUUGCUUUUGGGUGUGCGCAUAUAAUGUAGUAAACUAUGGUAGUAUGUGUGUAUCCAAAUAUUCAUGAUUACUGUAUUAAUACCAAAAGGAUAAUUUUUAUUAUGCUGCCAUAAUGUAUUCUGGAGCUCUCUGUUUCUUUCUGGACUUGCCUUUCUGUAUCAGUGGAGGCUUUCUUAUGUAUCACAACAGGUCAUGUGUUCAGUCACUUCCAGGCAAAGAUUCCCCUCCAUAUUUUUUGUAUCUGUACUCCUCACUAAUGGAUAAAGACAUUGUGCAUUUCCUCUUGCCUACAGUUAAGUACUCUGUGGCUUAUACCUUGUGCAUAUUUAUAGUAAUUGCUUACAGAUUAUACCUCGCAUUAAACAUUAAUGUUACACUACAGCAGAGUGUGCCAAAAUAAUCUUGUAGCAAAAGGAUUCCAUUUACUAGAACCGUUGGAUCUUAACUGUCUGUACUAGCUAGUUCCUACCUUUCUUCUAUCCAAAUAAUAUCAGUUUUUAUGUUUCAGUAAUUGAACACAACCCACACUUCCCCAAAUCUAAAUGUAUGUUUGUUAAAUAGAAUUUUCAGGUUUGCAUUAGAGCUAAGGUUCCACGAGGACUAAUUAAUGGAGUUUGAACUAUUUUGAAUGCUGUAGAACUAAAUAUUUUUUAAAAAAACAACUAUGGAAGGCUUUGUUAUGCUGGAUGUAUGUGAAUGCAGAUAUCUACAAGCACUAGCACUGUUGUUAGAUCAAACUGGAUGAGAUUUUAACUUUUGAAAGUUGGCGUAUGGUCCUUUCCUGUUGAAGACAUAAACUGGGACUCCCUUUCCUUCAGAAAUUGGCUUUAUGUGGCCAAGCAAGCUUUAUUUAAUCUGCUUCAUUUUGGCGGUUACUCAUUUAAGUGGAAAUGAAACUGAAAGUUAUUACUUAGUAUUCAUCAUUUUAUUUCAAAGUACACAUUAGACCUGCCUUAAUUGCAAAAAAAUUAAAACAAAACCGUGGCAAAUUUGACUCACCUCUUUGCAAGAUUGAUAUAAAGGGAAUCCAAAAAUAAGACAGAAACAGGAUCUUCAGUGGAUUUUGGCACAAGCCCCGCUGUAAUUGAAAGGCUUAUGGCACAGCUUUGGAGAACUGGGCUGGAUAUUCUUCAAUGGGUUGACACAGUUCUUGCUUCUUAUUGUGUAUUUUAAAAUGGUUUUGAAGGUUAACAGGGUCAUGAUAUCAGAGGGGUUUUAGCAACAGCAGUUAUGUCGUGAUGCCUACAUGUAAGUGAGGCCUACAUUGGGCAACAUCGAUCUGAAUAAAAUCUCAAAGCUUUUGGCUGAGGAUUGGCAAUGUUAAGGUUGACUGCUUGCUUCAGUCAGAAUAUGAAUGGUGUCAUAUAGCAUUUCUGUGAAAUUGUGUGGUGUUUGAGACUGCAAGAAAAUCUUAACAUGUUUCUUUGUACUAGUAGAGGCCUCUGAAACAUAAAUAAUUCUUAAAUAAUUCCAUUUAUGCUGCACUGUAAACUUGACUUUAUAUGACAGAAGUUAAGUUAAUAACCUAAAUAGAUACUGCUUCUAAUGUUCCUUAAUGCUGUUGACUCAAGUACCUCUGAUAAUGUGUGUGCACAUGUGCCUGCCUGAUACUAUGGAACUGCGGUGAGAAUUAAGUGAACUAUUGACUUUGUAUGGUAACUAUAUUGAAGGUUUUAACUUGCAUUCUGCAUUAUAGGGAAACUGAGCUAUGUUUGUCUUUGAAUUACAUUGUAAAAAGUAGAGGUUGCAAUUAAAUCUUUUUCUUUUUCCA